CUUAAAUCCAAAAAAAAAAAGAAACGGCCGAAUCUCACUCUCUCUCUAUUGAUAUCGUCGUCGUCGGAUAAACUCAGUCGCCGCCUAAACUCCGGCGACACUCGAAGAGAGGGAGAGGGAGAUGGAUGAUAGAGGAGGCUCGUUCGUGGCGGUGAGGCGGAUAUCACAAGGUCUAGAACGAGGAAACGUUUACCAUUCUUCUUCUUCUGCUGAGGUUGUGGCGGGAUCGGCGGCAUGGUUAGGACGUGGCCUUUCAUGUGUUUGUGUUCAGGGAAGUCAUGGCGACGCCCGUCCUUCUUUUGAUCUAACACCUGCUCAGGAGGAAUGCUUGCAGAGGUUGCAAAGCCGCAUUGAUGUAGCAUUUGACAGCUCAAUUCCUCAGCAUCAGGAAGCUCUGAAGGAUCUUUGGAAACUUUCCUUCCCUGAAGAAGAGCUGCACGGGAUUGUAUCUGAGCAGUGGAAGGAAAUGGGUUGGCAGGGAAAAGAUCCAUCUACUGAUUUCAGGGGUGGUGGUUUCGUAUCUCUUGAAAACUUGUUGUACUUCGCCAAGAGAUUCCCGAAAUGCUUCCAGGACCUUCUGCGGAAGCAGGUUGGGGUUCGUUCUGUAUGGGAAUACCCGUUUGCCGUUGCUGGUAUCAAUAUUACCUUCAUGCUUAUCCAGAUGCUUGGCCUUGAGGCAGCGAAACCACGGAGCAUUGUUGGCGAAACAUUUUUGAGAUUCCUUUCGGUGAAUGAAUCUGCGUUUGACCUUCUUUAUUGCAUUGCCUUCAAGCUAAUGGAUCAGCAAUGGCUCUCCAUGCGUGCUUCAUACAUGGAAUUUAACACGGUAAUGAAAUCGACAAGGCGGCAACUGGAGAGAGAGAUAAUGGUGGAACACAUUAGAGGUAUUGAAGAUAUGCCAUCAUACAGCCUUCUCAGUUACGAAACACUGUAAGUAGAAAGAUCUAACACCUCAAGAAAAGCUCUUUAUCAAAAGCCUAAAACAGAGCCGAACAAGCAAAAAAAAAAAGACAAGGUCUCUCUCUCGCUCUCUUACAUUGGGUUGUUAUUUCUCUGAGACAGAAGUUGAGGUUUUGUUUCCUUAUGGGAUUAGUUUUUCUAAUUUGUAGGGCUUUCAAUAAACGUUGUUUUGUUAGUUCGUUUUUGGGCUAAUAAAUAUCAUUUGGUUAUAA